AUGAAUUCAUUAACUCGUUAUCUUAAUAUAAAUAUUAAUCUUUUUUAUUUAAUUUUCGGAAAUAUUGGUAAUCUACUUAAAAUAUGUUUUUUUCUUCAAAAACCAUUACGUUCACUUCCUUGUACAAUUUAUAUCCUAUUUGCAACGAUUAGUGACUUUGUUACUUUAAAUAAUUUACCUGUAUUACAAUUACUUAUUCAUCUUUAUCCAAAUUAUCAUUGGAUUAAAGUCACUGUUGAUUGGUCAAAUUAUGAAAAUGAUUCAAAAUUAAUUUUCUAUACAGUAUCAACAUAUGAUAUAUUUAUGUGUAAAAUGCGUAGUUAUUUACAUAUGUUAAGUACUGAUCUAUCAUCUCAAAUGCUUGUAUUUGCUUCAAUUAA